UCGAGCUCCAGGCUGACACCAUCAAAAUGGGUGAAAACCUCAAGCUGACUCUGAACAUUAAGAACCAGACCAGCCAAACCUGCAUCAUCAGCGCCAUCAUCACUGGCUGUGUGGUGUAUUACACAGGCGUCACUAGCACAACUUUUAAGCUCGAAAACAAAUCUGCAACCGUGGAAGCCUCGACGACUGAGUCCCUGACAAUAGAUGUCAAAGCUUUGGAGUACAUGCCCUACCUUGUGGAACAGUCCAACCUGCUCUUCGUGGUGUAUGGGCAAGUUGAGGAAAGUGAGACUUCCCUUUCCACGAUGAGAGUUGUCAAUCUUCAUCCUCCUGAACUCGCAAUAAAG